AUGUUUUUAUUAAGUUUAAUAGUAUUUACCAAUUUAUUUCUCAUACCUAUUUUAUUUCAUCCAUUUAAUAUUUGUCGACAUUUUAUUCAUAUAGGUCAUGAACCAUAUCAUGGCGAAUAUCUUCAAAUUAAUUCAUAUGAAUCAUAUUUAUAUAAGAUAAUAGAAUAUUUGAAAUCUUAUAUUUAUAUUUCUUCAUUAAUUAAAUCUGAAAAUAUUUUUCAACAAUUAUUUAAUUUUUUAUUUAAAACAAAUAAAAAUUUAUCUAAGAAAAUUUUUUAUCCAAAUUUAAUAAAAUAUACUAAAAUGUAUAUAUAUGAACAUGAUUUAUCACCAUUUAUUCAAUCAUUUUUAACAAUGUAUAUUUCUUAUUUUUUAUUAACUUAUUUUUCAUCACUUGUUCAUGUUUAUCGAAUAUCAUUUAAAACAAAAGAAGAAAAAUCUUUAAAUAAUAUUCGUUAUCGUGCUAAACAAUUAAUAGAAUCAAAUUAUAUACGAUGGAUUAUUAAUGCUUUAUAUUGGAAAUUUAUUGGUGUUAUUAUUUCACAUAUUUUUUAUAUUAUAUCUAUAAAAAUUCUAAUGCAAAGAUUAUUUAUUUCUUAUAAACAUUUUCAUCUUAAUCAAGAUUUAAUUUAUAGUUCGUGGAAUUUACAAAAAAAUAUUAAAUUAAUUUAUAAAUAUGAAGGAUUAAAAGCUUUUUUUAGUGGUAUUCUUUCACGAUUAAUCUAUGAACUUGGUAAGUGA